AAGAAGAAGAAGAAGAUAAGGGAGAAAUGAACAGUGAAACAGAGGUGAAACUGGUAAAGAUGAAACCAAUGGAGGGUUGCGUGGACAUAGAGAAGGGGACAUUGUACCAUAGGGUCUAGCAGGGUGACCCAUUUCUCUUCUGGGUCCACUCUCUCUCUCUCUCUCUCUUUCUCAAUGCUUAUAAGUGUUGUAUGACUCAUUAGGAAACGAUGGGUACAAAGCCCUCCUUAAUCAAGCUCGACCUCUUCCAAACUUCAUAUGUGUCACUCCCUCCUUCCCUUUUCCUUUAAUUCCUUCAUUUGCCUGCUGCCCAACUACUACUGCUCUACCUCUCCAUCUCUAACUCUCAUCUUCUAGGUACAUGCCUGACAAUCUCCAUCUCUACUUUAACUGCUUAGCUUAACCAGGCCCUUUCAAUUUCUCUACAGAUUACGUGGAUGCUUUCUGUCUUCUGCUUCAAAAUGACAAGCACUAGCUAACAGCUUGAAUAAUCAUUGCUGAUCAUUCACUGAUUCACUAGUAAUUAGCCUUAAAAAACGGAGUGUCCACUAAAGAAAGAAAGAUGACUAAGCAAACUCAAAAUUCAGAGACUGAAAGCAGCUCAAACUCAUCGUCAUCGCCAUCGUCAUCGUCAUCGUCAUCGUCAUCGCCAUCGCCACCCUCACCCUCUUCACCAGGGUCAAACCAUUCAGUCUCCAACCCAAACUCUAACUCUGUCCCAUCAAAACCCCAACAACAACAACUAGACCUACAAGACGGACACUUCCCAACCAAAAAGAUCAAACGCUUGCGGGACUCCAACAAACACCCAGUCUACCGUGGAGUUCGCAUGCGGAACUGGGGCAAAUGGGUCUCUGAAAUUCGCGAGCCCCGCAAGAAAUCCCGCAUUUGGCUCGGUACCUUCCCUACCCCUGAAAUGGCAGCUCGAGCCCAUGACGUUGCUGCCUUAAGCAUCAAGGGCAACUCCACCAUUCUCAACUUUCCCGAGCUCGCCAACUACCUCCCUCGACCUGCAUCACUCGCCCCACGCGACGUGCAAGCCGCCGCAGCCAAGGCAGCCCAAAUGGACAUAUUUGACCAAAAGCUCGACUCAAAAACAUCUUCCUCAAUAUCUUUGGCUUCCACCACUUCUUUAUCCUCGCUGGUAUCGGCGAUGGAUUUAUCUACGGGAUCAGAAGACGAGUUGAGUGAGAUCGUGGAAUUGCCGAGUCUGGAGACGAGUUACGACUCGUCCGGGUUGAAGAACGAUUUUCUGUUGGAUGACUCAGUUGAGGGAUGGGUGUAUCCUCCACCAUGGCUGCAGAGCGGGGAGGAUAGUUACGGUGGUGGGUGUCUGUUCGAUGAGCUAACAGCGGCAGCUGGGGAGGGCUUGAUGCCAAAUAGUAGCUUUGGGCAAGGUUUGUUGUGGGAUUAUUAGCCAUUUUUUUUCAGUUUGUGAAUAAUGUAAUUCUGUGUACGUGUGUGUGCGCGUCUUCUUCUUCUUCUUCCUUUCUUUUUUGUUUUUCUUUUACCUGUAAUCUAAAAAAAGAUUUUAGUCCUUUCUGUUUUUCUUUUAAGGGCUAAAACUCUCUUUGCUUUUUCUUUUUUUUUUUUUGGGUUUUUGUUUGGCACAGUUGUGUUUAUGUGACAUCGUGACCUCUUCAAUCAAUCAAACUGUACAGUGCUGGGAAAUAAACAAAGUGCCAUAAAUUUUUCCUUGGU